AUGAGGCUCAAGCUUAAAUCUGAUAGUGGUGUCUCUACAUUGACUGUUGAUCAAGAUCACCAGUUUGCAGAUUUCAUAUUAGGAAUACAAUCAAACAAGGAUUUGCAUGCAGAUUUAUCAGAAGUAGUUGCCUCGAUCAAAACGGGGUUCCCACCCAAGCCAAUCGAUCUUUCAUACACACCUGGAAAGUCAAUCAAAGAUAAAGGCAUCAAUGACGGUGACCAAUUGAUUGUACAGUUUGCAUCUUUGAAACGAAAGUCGUCGCCAGAAGUUGAAGCAUUGAGCAAGCCGGUGGCGCCGCGAACAGCAGCAGCAACCACCACCACACCAACCACAACACCAGCACCGACAUCAACAGCAACAGCAACACCUCAGCUGCCGGCAGUGAAAAAGCCCGACACAAAGGAGGAUAUACCGUCGGUGUACAUGGAGGACUUGAGCAAAUACCUCAUACUUCGAAACAUCCCCGAUGACAACUCGUGUUUAUUCAACUCCAUAUCCUACGCAAUCUCAGGUGCAGACUCGUACAAGACUUUUUCCCCACCGUCGCAGCUAAGAAGCAAAAUAGUCGACUACAUUGAAAGCGACCCCGAACUUUACUCCGAUUUGAUUUUGGGCCGACCUAGAAAGGAGUACUGUGGCUGGAUUGUCAAACCGGAAAGCUGGGGGGGUGCCAUUGAAUUGGGUAUCCUAGCCGACUGGUUUGACGUGCGAAUAACAUGCGUAGAUAUCGAGCUGAGCAGUUUCAUCCGCAUUGAAAACGAGUUGAAGAAGCCCACAAAGUUUAUCGUUUUGAUCUACAGUGGUAUCCAUUACGACGUGGUGGCUGCAAAUGCUGAAUUAAACAGAACAAACAAGGAGCACGACCAGUGCAUGUGGAGCAUCGAUAGCGAGACGGAGAAAAUCAUCAUCGAGUCGUCUAAAAAGCUUUGCAAAUUGUUGAGAGAUAAAGAUUACAGUACCAACACGACAACGUUUCGAGUGCGGUGCUUGGAUUGUUAUCUGAUUUUGAUAGGCGAAGUUGGUGCGUCGAAACAUGCCGAGCAAACUGGGCACUUGAAUUUCGGAGAAGUGAAGAAGAGAUGA